AUGCUCGCAAAUAGAAAACCAAACUCCAGCUCCAAAACAAGCAGAAUUGAUAAAGUGUCCAUUAUUGUCGUAGAUGACGUACCAAAUGCGGAUGAAUUCUUAAAAAGCUUAAACAAGCAAACCGGAAAAGUAAUAACUGGCACCUUAAAAAGACACCACCUUGAAAUACAGCCUGCAGACUCUGACUCACAUCGAUUCAUUCGCAAAAUAGCUGAAGAAACAAAGCUUAAGGCCCACACCUACUUAUUGCCCGAAGAUAAUGUUUUAAAAGUCAUAAUAAGAGGCUUACCCAUCACCACAGAUCCCCAAACCAUCACUCAAGAACUACUUGACAAAGGAUUCAAUAAGCAUACACUCAUUCACACUGGAGAGAAACCAUAUGUAUGUGAAGUAUGUAAGAAGUCAUUUAAUCGAAAAGAUAAAUUGAAUGAGCAUGUGCUUGUUCACACAAAAGAGAAACCUUAUGCAUGUGAAGUAUGUAAUAAGUCAUUCAAGCUGAAAAGACUUUUAAUCAGUCAUAUGUUUAUUCACCCAGGAGAGAAACCUUAUAUGUGUGAAGUAUGUAAGAUGUCAUUUAGACUAAAGGUUCUUUUGAACACGCAUAUGCUAAUUCACUCAAGGGAGAAACGUCAUGUGUGUGAAGUAUGUAACAAGUCAUUUAAAGCAAAGCAAGAAUUGAUCAGGCAUAUAUUAAUUCACACUGGAGAGAAAUUUUAUGCAUGUGAAAUAUGUAAGAAGUCAUUUAAUCGAAAAAGUAAACUGAAUGAGCAUGUGCUUAUUCACACAAAAGAGAAACCUUAUGCAUGUGAAAUAUGUAAUGAGUCAUUCAGGCUAAAGAGACUUUUAAAUAGUCAUGCGCUUACUCACACAGGAGAGAAACCUUAUGCAUGUGAAGUAUGUAACAGAUCAUUUAAUCAAAAGACUAAUUUAAAUGUGCAUAUGCGUAUUCACACGGGUGAGAAACCUUAUGUAUGCGAAGUAUGUAUUAAGUCAUUUAGAGUAAAAUGUGAUUUAAAUAAUCAUAUGCUUAUUCACUCGGGAGAGAAACUUCAUGUGUGUGAAGUAUGCAACAAGUCAUUUAAGGCAAAGAAUGAAUUAAACAGGCAUAUAUUAAUUCAUACAGGAGAGAAACUUCAUGAUACACUGAAUGAGCAUGUUCAUAUUCAUACAAAAGAGAAACCUUAUGUGUGUGAAGUAUGUAAAAAGUCAUUCAGGCUAAAGAUUGCUUUAAACAAACAUUUGCGUAUUCACACAGUAGAGAAACCUUAUAUGUGUGAAGAUACACUGAACGAGCAUGUUCGUAUUCAUACAAAAGAGAAACCUUAUGUGUGUGAAGAGCAUAUGCGUACUCACACAGGAGAGAAACCUUAUGUGUGUGAAGUAUGUAAGAAGUCGUUUAGGCAAAACUGGAUUUUAAAGCGGCAUAUGCGUUGUCACACACAAGAGAAACCUUAUAUGUGCGAAAUAUGCAAGAAGUCAUGUAGUAUUAAGGAUAAUUUAUACAGGCAUAUGCUUAUUCACACAGGAGAAAAACCUUACAAGUGUGAAUUAUGCGAAAAGUCAUUUAGUCUGAAGUCUCAUUUAAACCAGCAUAUACUUGUUCAUGGAAAGGAGCCUCAUAAGUGUGAAGUAUGUAAGAAAUCAUUUAAACGUAAGGAUGCUUUAAAAAGCCAUAUGAUUAUUCACACAGGAGAGAAGUUUUUUGUUUGUGAAGUAUGCAAGAAAUGA